UUCAGAGAAGGGAAGAGAGUUACAGCGCGGUUGGACGGACGGAUUUUCCAACUAAAAUCAUAUGAUUCUUGCAUGGGAUUCCAUGCACUUCCACCCCUGACUAGAAAGGCUCUGAAAAUCCCCUCGAAAGCACUGCAAAAACUCCCAAAAACAGCACCCAAUUUCUCCAUUCCUCUGCAGACCCAGUCCCACCAUAAUUUUUCAGUUAUUUUUUUUUCAUGGAGUUUUGAGCUCAAAACCCACCAAAUUUAUCUGGGUAUCAUUCAUUUUAGCAGAUUUUUUGGUAGGAGCUGAGGAAACAGUUGGUGUCCUUUGCUUGGGGGCCAGUACUGUUUUCUGGCGGGCAGCAAUGGUCACUGUCAUGAUUUUCUUUGGGUGUUGACUCUCAAAGGUGCAUCUAAUCAGACAUCCUCCUUUUCUGAGGAUGAUUUUGAUCAGCUCCUCACCACCCAGAGAUUGUCAUUGAGUUUUGUUGGGUUUUUCUUUUGAGGCUUGGUUUUUUGGUUGAAAGAGGGUUGGAGCUUUGCUUGUUUUCUUGGGUUGCAAAGUUCAAGAAGAACACAAUAAAAAAAAAGCAGAUCUUAGUCAGAUGAAGAGAUCUGUAACUCUGCUGGAAGUGCUUCUGGUACUUGCAUUUAUCAGUGAGGCUCCAUGGGCAAUCAGUGGCAGCUUAGGUUGCAAACCAUCAAGGUCAAGGGCUUUCCGACCCCACAGCGUCAGGAUAACUGAAUUCGGUGCGGUUGGAGAUGGGAUCACCCUCAACACGAACGCAUUUCAGAAUGCAAUAUUUUACCUUCGUUCAUUCGCCAAUAAGGGUGGUGCUCAGCUUUUCGUGCCGGCUGGAAAGUGGUUGACUGGGAGCUUCAACCUUAUCAGCCAUCUCACAUUGAUGUUGGAUAAGGAGGCGGUGAUUCUCGGAUCAAUGGACUCCGGAGAUUGGCCGGUUGUUGAUCCGUUGCCCUCAUACGGUCGUGGGAGGGAGCUACCUGGUAGAAGGCACCAAAGCCUCAUUUACGGGGACAAUCUAACUGAUGUCAUAAUAACAGGUGACAAUGGAACCAUUGACGGGCAAGGUAGUGUCUGGUGGGAUUCGUUUAGAAACCACACUCUGGACUUCACUCGACCGCAUCUUGUUGAGUUGAUGCACUCGAAGGGUGUCGUUAUCUCGAACUUGACUUUCUUGAACUCGCCAUUUUGGAACAUCCACCCUGUAUACUGCAGCCAAGUCCAUAUUCAUGAUGUUACGAUCCUUGCCCCCCUCAAUUCACCAAAUACGGAUGGGAUUGAUCCAGACUCGUCAGACGAUGUCUGCAUUGAGGACUGUUACAUUAGCACUGGCGACGAUGUGAUCGCCAUCAAAAGUGGGUGGGAUGAGUAUGGCAUUUCCUAUGGUCGUCCAAGCACAAACAUAUUCAUCCGUCGUGUCACUGGAGAGACUACAUCUAGCUCCGGAAUUGCACUUGGGAGCGAGAUGUCAGGCGGUAUAUCGGAAGUGCAUGUGGAGGGCAUCCAGCUUUUCAAUUCAAAAAAUGGUAUCAGGGUAAAAACAUCACCGGGGCGAGGCGGUUACAUUCGGAACGUUUACAUCUCGGAUGUGACCAUGACUGAUGUAGAGGUAGCCAUUAAAUUCACUGGUCAGUAUGGCCAGCACCCAGAUGACAAUUACGACCCAAAUGCUCUUCCUAUCAUAAAGAGGAUCACCUUCAAAGAUAUAACAGGAAAAAACAUCAGGUUUGCAGGCAAGCUACAGGGCAUAGAAGGGGAUAGUUUCCACAACAUAUGCUUAUCCAACAUCACCUUGGAUGUGAUAUCAGAUCCACCAUGGAACUGUUCAUACAUUCGAGGCUAUUCUAGAUUAGUCUCUCCCAAGUCCUGUGAGCCUCUUAGAAAGAGACUCCCCAAGGAUUCAUUGGCCUGUUACUCAUCUAGUCCUUUGCCAAGCAAACCGUCUGAAGGCAGACGCUUGGUUAGUACGAUGUGAAGUUCAAAUCGAUGCAUCCUUUGAUGCUAUGGUGAAGAUAAAACUUUGAUGAGAAUGCCUAUUUGUUGAUAUUGAUUGAUGCCACUUUUCGAAACCACUUUUAGUUUUCUCUGUGGGGAUUUUGUUGCCAACAAAAGCCUGAUUGGGUUCAUGAUGUUAGUGGUUUUGAGAUGCUUUUGUUUUUGUAAGAUGUGUGUAGCAAAAAAUAAUUGAGUGAAUUAUCAGAAUUGAAGAAUGCAUUUUGAGUUUCUGCUCA